AGGGUUGCGAGAACACAUAUGAUGACGACCUCAAGUGCCAGCAAUGGGCCAAGGACGGCGAAUGCUUCGUGAACAUUAAAUGGAUGGCAACCAACUGCGCCAAAGCCUGCGGCAAAUGUAAAAGCAACAAAUGUCUGAAUCUGUACGGGAAGGACGCGAAGUGCCAAGCGUGGGCCGACGAGGGCGAGUGUAGGGCCAACCCCACGUGGAUGAUACCCAACUGCCGUAAAGCGUGCGGCAAAUGUGGUGACGGAACUGGUGGAAACGGCGGCGGAGGGACAGAAACAGGGAGCGGUGGCAAGUGUAGAGACAUACACACCGACCCUCUGGCUUGCAUGAGAUGGGCAUCUGAAGGCGAAUGUGAGGCCAAUCCACUGUGGAUGAUUCCCAACUGUCGAAAGUCCUGUGAAAAAUGUGACACCGACGGUGGCACUGACGGAGGAACCGACGGUGGGACUGACACCGGAAAUAAAGCCUGUGCCGACAAGCUGGACACAAACAAGUGUCAGGGAUGGAAAGACGGAGGUUCCUGCGAGAACGACCCCGCCUUCAUGAUCCAAUACUGCCAGAAGACAUGUGACAAGUGCGGCGUGGACAAAGAGGGAUGUAAAAACUUGGUCGAGGACAAAGACUGUCAGGAAUGGGCUGGACGAGGAGAAUGUGAAGCCAACUCAGAGUACAUGACGGCCAACUGCCGUAAAGCGUGCAAGAAAUGCAUCACGGGGAGCUGCGUCAACAAGCACGGAAACGAGGCCGAGUGCGGGAGGUGGGCAGCAGAAGGAGAGUGCUCGGUCAAUCCCCUCUGGAUGAUAGAAAACUGUAAGAAAUCAUGCGGAAAGUGUGACACCUCGACCGGAGAUGGCGGCACCGAUGGCACGUGCAAGAAUAUCCAUAGCAACGACGCUGAGUGCGAGGCUUGGGAGAAGAGAGGCGAGUGCUCCAAGAACCCAUUGUGGAUGGUUCCGAACUGCAGGAAGGCUUGCAACAGAUGUGGCGAUGGUACUGACACCCCGGACACCGGGAACUGCAGGAAUAUCUACGGUAAUGAUGUGCAGUGCGACUCUUGGGCCAAGGUGGGAGAAUGCUCCGCAAACCCAGUGUGGAUGGGAGAGAACUGUGCUAAAUCCUGCAAAACAUGCGACGGAAACAACAACAAUAACAACAACGGAGGCUCUUGCACCAACAGCUACGGCAACGACGCUCAGUGCUCAGACUGGGCCAAGAGGGGAGAGUGCACGGCGAACCCGGUCUGGAUGACAAUGAACUGCGAAAAGGCAUGCCAGAAAUGUGGCGGGAGCGAAGACGGCGGCGGCGACGGCGGCAACACCAAUGGCGGCGAGUGUAAGAACUUGUACAAGGACGACGCUCAGUGCCAGGACUGGGCUGACAGCGGCGAGUGUGCGGCAAACCCUGACUGGAUGCCAAUCAACUGUAAGAAAGCGUGUGGGUUGUGCGGCGAUGGCGAUAACACUGGGGACGGCAAUACUGGUAACGGUGGUAAUGUGAACUGCGUGAACAGCUACGGGGAUGCCCAGUGUGAGCUGUGGGCUAGAGACAAUCAGUGUGCAGUGAAUCCCUCUUUUAUGCUGGAGCAGUGCAAGAAAGCAUGUCGAUCUUGUGACAGAGGCUCCGAUAAUGGUGGCACCACAGCCAACAGCAACUGCGUGAACACCCAUCAUGACGAUGAAUCGUGCAGGAUAUGGGCCGAGCACGGUCACUGUUCCUCCAAUCCAGACUGGAUGACCAAAAACUGUCAGAAGGCAUGCGGCUUGUGCGGGGGUCGGGACGGUUCCGGGGACUGCAGAAACAAGCACUAUGAUGACGCACAGUGUGAAGAUUGGGCCAAAUAUGGCCAGUGUCAAACAAACCCAGACUGGAUGUUGCCGAACUGUAAGAAAGCCUGUACAAAAUGCGACAAAAUAGCCACAGGCACCAGCCAAGAAGACAACAAUGUUGACGAUAGAGAGAUCAUAACACUCCCGACAACUACCACCACCCAAAACCCACCACCACCUCCACCAGACGACGCAUGCGUGAACGCCCACGGUGAUACUGAGUGUGCGCAGAUGGCACGUGAUGGCAAGUGUAUCAGCGAUUCCAGAUGGAUGCGACGUCACUGCCGUAGAGCGUGCACUGAGUGCGACAAAGGCAGUAAUAGCGGGACGGUUGACAACAACAGACCCCAGUGCAUAGACGUGGUCGGUAACUGCGCAGAACUGGCACAAAACAAUGGCUGCAGCAACAAUCUGCAACACAUGUACAACAAUUGUAAGAAGACGUGCGGACUCUGUGAACCAGGUGCGUGUACCAAUAAACAUCGUCAGUGUAAACGAUGGGCACGCCACGGUGGAUGUGAGCGUAACCCAGGCGUCAUGUACCGCCAGUGCCCGGUAGAGUGCGGGCUGUGCGAGCAUACCAAGACAGACCGAGCCCUUCCCGCACCCGGCGGCAAUAGGAGAAACGAUAGGGUGCGCCACGGUCGAAGGCGUCACCAGGGACGGCGUAACAGACACGUUUUGGCGUGAUGACGUAGACGAAGCAAGUGCAAACCGACUUCACUGAUA